GUAAGUGGUUCCGGGUGAAAUUGAAGGUUCAACAUCCGCGGCUCACCUACAACUUACUGCUUUUUAUUAGUGUUAAAACCUAGAAAUUUACCAAAACCAAAAGGUAUCCGAUCAAAAACUAUUGUUAUAUGGAUGUGGCUAUCUGAAAUCCAGGAUGGCUUCGUUCGGCUGGAAGAGAAAAGUGGGCGAGCGGGUGUCCAAGGCAGCGGUGCAGCAGUUUGAAGCCUCGGCGGAGAAGCCUGGCGAGGAGGGAGUGGACAAGGAGUUUGAGGUGGACUGGCUGCAUGCGAUCAAGCGGCGCCGCGAAGUCCUAUUGGAGGACUGCGCUGCCAAAAGCAAGAGACUAAAGGAGGAGGGGGCAGUGCUGGCACAAGAAGGCAGGCACUGGGAGGCCAUUAAGAGGUGGGAUGAAGCCAUCCAGCUGACUCCAGACAACCCUCUGCUGUACGAGAUGAAAUCCCAGGUGCUGACCAUCCUUCAGGAGGUCUUCCCGGCGGUGCAGGCUGCGGAGACGGCCGUGAAGCUCCGCCCCCUGUGGUGGGAGGGAUGGCAGACCCUGGGCCGGGCCCAACUCAGUCUGGGCGAAGUAGACCUGGCAGUGAGGUCCUUCCAAGUGGCUGUCCACCUGUGGCCGUCAGAGCGCCACCUCUGGUCGGAGGACCUGGCGUGGGCACGGAAGCUGCAGCGCCAGAGACGGGCGGCCCUGGACCAGUCUCGACAGGAGGAGGAGGCCCAACGUGAGGUCACAAACGCUCCGGAACUCCAGCAAGACUACGACUUUGAGUCGGACGAGGUGGUGGCAGCCUGUGCUGCCAUAGCCGAGAGACAGAAACGCUUUGAGGAGCUGAAGAGGAAAGCGGUGAUUGUCGACACAGAGGGGCACGCCAGGGAGGUGCCCCUGGAGGAGGGUUCAGGGAUUGCAUCCUCCUCAUCACAGGAUCACUUGGUCAAAGCACGGGGGCCAUGAGUUGUCCCCAAGGACUUACGGACUGAAAUGGAUCUCUUUAAGGUUGAAUAAAAUAACUUGUAUUUUUGUUGUUUAUUCUUGACCUUUGAGUGUUUUUGAAUUUUUAGUGUUUUUGUGUUAUGAAUGUCAUUCUUUUUUUGUUUCAUUCUGGCAGAAACUGGGUUGAUGGAGAAGUCAAUAAUAUUAUUUGAUUUAGGGUAUUUUUUUAAUAAGGUUCUUUAACCUUUUAUUGCAAACAAGCCCAUGUCCAGACAAAGUCACACCCACAUGUUGCAGAGAACAAAUGCGCAUAUUUUUCAAACCAUAAUAAACGAUAUGUUGUUUGUCUUUUAGUCACAGUGAUGAAGUCGAUUUUUCCUUUCUGCUGCCAUUUGUGUGUGGAGUUGCGUCACCAAGCUCUUUCCGAAGUGCAACGUUUUGCAAAAUGUAGUGCGUUUUUGUAUAGUGUUGGCAUGAUAAAAAGUUAUAUUUUUUCUGUUCAGUUUUCCCAUUAUCAAGGUGAAACAUUUAAAUAAAAUCAUUUUGGGAGAUUUUCACUAGGAAUCCCUGCAGACCCUUGAAUUCCACCAGUUUACACCAAUAUUCUCUAAUAGUGCCCUCCAGAAUUAUUGGCACCAUAGGCAAAUAUGAACCUAACCCACUGAGGGAAAAAUUUAAUUUUGUUUGUCAGCUUGUCUAAUGUUUAAUUGGAUGAAAUGUUUUGGAAGAAUUAAUCAUAAAGAAAUACUGACUUUAUUCAAAAACUAGUGUCACAAUUAUUGUACCCCUGCCUUCUCCUUUUGCUAAGAUAACAGCUCUGAGUUGUCUUCUAUGUUUGAUGAGGUGGGAGAACACAGAACGAAUUUGAGACCCUUCAUACAGAAUCUUGAAACUAUGGUCAGUGAACAGUGAAUUUUGUUUGUGGGUUUGGACAUAUGCCUGGCUGAAAAUCUGCCCCACAUUGUCACAGAUUUACCCCUGUACUUUACAAUGGAUAAGGUUAUUUUCUGCAUGACCAUGGCCUUGUACACCAAACCAAUCAGUUCCAGUAAUAUUUAGCUAAUUCCAGGGGCUUACGUUUGUGGUUUAGUGCCAGCAGAGGCUUUCACCUUUGAAAACCCUUUGUGUUCUCUUGCCUUUUCUAUGUAGUUGGAUUACUGAGGGAGUCUAGUCUGUGUGUCGCCUUUUAUUUAUACCUUAUUUAAACAGAAUGUCAUGAACACCUAAGAUUUAUGAAAUACUUCCCAAAUCCCAAAAUACAUCAAUUUAAUUUUGUACUAAGAUUUUCUAGGGGUGCCAAUUAUUGUGACAGGCAUGUCUUUGAAUAAGAUAAUUUAUUGAUAAUGAUUUUAUUCUUUGAACAAUGUCCAUGCAUUUAAAGGCAAGCUUCGUAUGAACCUUUGAGUUUAAGAUCAUUUUAGUCACAGACAAUUUUGUUCACAUUUAACUGAGGUGCCAAUAAUUCUGGAGGCCACUGUAAUACUCUAGCAUCUAAAAGCUUGCACUUAAUUCAAGUCAAUCUUGUUGGUUUUUCCUCUUAAAAAGAGCAUCCUGUUUCAUUUAAAAUGUCUCCCAUUUCUCUCAUAUCCACUAUUGAACUUGCUUUUUAUUUCAGCACUAGGCUUACUCUGUGCCGGGAAAAUAUCAUUAGUCUUAUAAAAUGCCUCCAAGUUAUGAAACAUUUCUUAAUGUCUUUGUCAGAUGGUGUGAAAAUAAUAGCCUAGAAAACCUCUUCCCUUUAGACUGCUGUGUCAGUCAGUCUGUUAUUAGUAUUAUUGUUUUGUUAACUGAAUUGCAGUUUCAUGCCACAGUCAUUGUUAGACGUGUUAUUUCAUAAUGAGGACUGGUCUUAUCUGUUUGGAAAAGCUAUCUCCAUUACAAACUAAUAAACAAAUCGAACUAAAGAA